AAUAAAUACAGGAACGGCCACCAGCCUUCUCGUCACCCAUCAUCGGUCCCAUUCCAGAACAAAAUGCUGGCAAAGACUGUCCUGCUAGGCCUCUUGGCUGCUGUGGCGUCCAGCGUCGACGCGACGCCGCUCAUGUUGGCUGCGAGAAGCAACCCCAAUGGCGAGUACGCGCCGAGCAUGGUCGCGUGCCCCACCUCCAACGGAAACCCCGGCUUCAUUCGUGAUUCGAGAAACAAUGCCGUCAACUCGCAAGAAGCCGACUACAUUCAACGGCAUCGUGCGGCAUCCCAGCAGGGCUGGCAGGAUUGGCUCAGCUCCUCGAACCCUGGCCCAGCGCUCGAUUCGGCGUUGCCCGGUGGUGUGUCCAACUACACGAGCGACGUCACCCGGCUCCCCAAGGUCGGUCUCGCCCUUUCUGGUGGAGGGUACCGGGCCAUGAUCUUUGGCUCUGGUGCUCUCCAAGGCAUUGAUUCGCGAAAUGAGACGGCAGCGAAGCGGGGAACCGGUGGCCUGCUCCAGCUGGCCUCUCACGUCGCCGGUCUAUCUGGAGGAAGCUGGGCGGUCGGCUCGCACUCCAUCAACGACUGGAUGACGGCACAGGAGCUCAAAGACCAGGUGUGGAACCUUGAGUCGAACCUCGUCGUACCCAAGGACGGCGCAAUCGCGUUCUAUGCGGAGAUUGUGGCCGAUGUCAAGGGCAAGCGCGACGAAGGCUUCAACACUGGCAUCACUGACUACUGGGGCCUGGCACUCUCCCGACACCUUCUCAACUCGACGUUCCCCGACCACGGCGCAGCAACGACCUGGAGCGACAUCCGCAACGCAUCAUCGUUCAUCAAUGCCUCGUAUCCCUUCCCUAUCGUGCUCGCCGACGAACGAGAGCCCGGCGAGCUUCUCGUAUACAGGAACACAACAACAUGGGAAUUUACCCCCUACGAGUACGGAUCGUACGAGCCCACCGUCCAGGGCUUCAUUCCCAUCGACAUCCUCGGCACACCCCUGACAAACGGUCAGGUUGGUGUCGGCGAGAUGUGCGUCGCCGGGUUCGAAAACGUCGGCUGGACCGUCGGAACAUCCAGUACACUCUUCAACGGUCUCUACCAAAUGCUGAUUACGAACCAGGGCGACUCGGUCAUCAAGGAUGCGCUCCAGGCCAUCGCAGGCGCUGUCGCAAAUGAUCAAAAUGACGUCUCAGUCGUUCCCAAUCCGUUCUCGGGCUACCGCUCCAGCGAUGGUAUCGUGCUCUCCCGCCAGAGCAACAUCACCAUGGUCGAUGGCGGCGAGGACAAUCAGAACCUGCCCUUGAUCCCUCUGCUCCAGCCCGCUCGUGGUCUGGACAUGAUUCUCGCAAUCGAUAGCUCUGCCGACGCCAGCGACUGGCCCAACGGCUCGGCGAUGCAUGAGACAAGCCUGCGGUACCAGAACAAUGCGCAGUUCAACCAGGUGGCCGUGCCGGUCAUGCCGAGCCCCAACACCUUCAUCAACCAAGGUCUCAACACCCGACCCACGUUCUUUGGCUGCGACGCUGCAAAUGCGACAAAUGCAGGCACCGCGGCCAAUUCCACCCUGGCACCCAUCAUUGUCUACAUUCCCAACUACCCUUGGAACGCCCUGUCAAACUUUUCGACGUUCCAGCUCGAGUACAGCGACAGUGAGACGCAGAUUGCUCUCGAUGCAGGCGUGGAUGCCAUCACGAUGGGCGGCGUCACGAGUGGUAACAUUUCCUGGCCGACAUGCCUGGCCUGUGCCGCCCUCGAACGCUCAUUUACACGCAGCAGCACCCCCCGCCCUGAGAUCUGCUCGACAUGCCUGACAGAGUAUUGCUGGGACGGAACAGUGAAUGAAACGGCCCCCGCCAACCCGUACUCGCCGCCCGUGGGCGCGCCAGCCUUUGCCACGUCCAACGGCACGCUCAGGACACCGCCACCAUUCACGGGAGGCAACGGCAGCAACGCAGACGAGAGCUCAGGCACGGGAUCCAGCGACGGCGCCGGCAUCUCGGCCGUUGCCAUUACGUCGUCCCUCUUUUCUGCCGUCGUCGCUUCUGCAUUCGCAUUGUCGUUGUAAUGACUAGUUAAUCACAUCGAGACAAACUCUGUGCAAGCAUGACAAGCAAUCGUUGAUAAUUCUAAUGCUCCCUUGACGAU